AUGCACGGUCUACUCUUUCUACUCUUAGCGGUCAUCUGUAUCGCAACAGUCACUGGACAAUUUUUCGGCGGUGGACCGUAUGGCGGUGGAUUCAACCGUAGCCCCUAUGGCGGUGGAUUCAACCGUAGCCCCUAUGGCGGUGGAUUCAACCGUGGCCCCUAUGGCGGUGGAUUCAACCGUGGCCCUUAUGGUGGUGGUUUCAACCGUGGACCCUACUUUGGAUGA